AUGUUCAACUACCUUUGUGACAAAAACCCUCCAGUCUACCUGCCUAGACAAGCUCCAAAACGCAAAUCCGUAACGGUGAGGUCACUACCUACUCCAUCCUUUGUGGAUUUGGUGGUCCUUAUUAACUGGCCUUUUGAUUUGAUGCAGGAGGAGUUGUGGCGAGUAUUUUUCGACCCCCUGGGGCAGGAAAAAAGCGACGAGUUUGCCAUGCGGUAUGGCAUCGAAAGUAUCUUCCAGGCUAUGACCCACUUUGCGUGCCUUACAACGAAGUACAAUUGCGUCUGUGUGCUUGCACAGCUGUCGACUCUGUUGGCCAACAUCAACGCCUUCUACGCGCACACCAGGUCGAAUAACAGUCAACCUGCCUCUGAGCGAUUUGCUGCCAGCAAUUUUGGGAGGGAGAAGUUUAUCAAAAUCCUCGACAAUCUGCACAACGCUCUUCGCAUUGAUCUCUCGAAAUACCGAACCAUGUUUCCUGUUUCACAACCAGAACGGCUUGCAGACAUGAAAUCCACCGUUGACGUUUUAACCAGCAUCACAUUCUUCCGCCUCAAGGUGCAAGAGCUGGCGGCUCCACCGCGAACUUUUCAAGUAUUACGUGAAUGCAUUCGUGCUUGCAUGAAGGCCACUUAUGAGUGUCUCUCCGACAAUGUUCAAGCCCUCUAUGGUGGCAACUUCCAGGACAUAAACCUGGGCGACCUCUCUGCUGAGAUGAUGUGGAAUCUAUUGGCAGAGGAUAUCGCCGUCGGUUUGACGCAGCAUUACGAUGCGGUGAUUCGACGUCUCAUAAACACAACGUCCACCACUACGGCGACGUCGAGGCAGAAACGUUCCGCUCCCACAACGACGGUGGAGCAGACAGGAGAACAGAUCACCACCACGCGUUUCUCAAAGGCGAAAAUAAAGACGUCCGACUACCUGAACCUUUGCUUCUGUAUCAAGUGGUUUUACAAUACCUACGUGCAGCCUAGUCGACGGAACCGGAAAGAGGACUGCCCUGAGUACGCGAAGUGGGAGGCUGGGAGUACCGUUGGUUUGGUAGUUACCCUGUUUGAUGGAGCAGUUGAGAGAAAGCAGACCGUAGAAAAUGUGUUAUUGGCUUACUCUGAGAGCGUUCAACUGGACUUUGUUCAAUUCAAAAGCGGUCCCCGCAUUGCCUGUAUCCUCAUCAACAAUACUCAGCAGUUGCGCGUCCAACUGGAAAAGGUGUAUGAGGCGAUGGAGGGCGAAGACUUUAAUCUUCACGAGGAGACUAGGGAACAAUUGACAAAACUUCAGGUGCGCCUGAAGAAUGUUGUAGACUUACUUGUCAUCGCCUUUGCCAGUGGAUUUGAGGAGGACAUCCAGAUGAGCGUAUUGGAAAUGGGUAGUGUUCUACAAGGCUGUAAAGUGCCGACUCACAGCGGCGGUGUUGAACAAAUGGAAUCUGAUUGCGAGAACUGUUUGCGUCCGCUCAUGGACUACUUUGAGUUAGUGCUCUCAGCUCAGGCUAGUUCGUGCGAAAAGACCGUACUCAAACGCCUGCUCAAGGAGAUUUGGCGCAUUACCAUGGAGAAUUCGGAGAAGCUGGUCGUAUUGCUAGGUCAGCACCACCUACCUCUCCCUUCUCUCCAACACCACGCACUUUCAAUCGGAUUGGCUGGUGCCAAGGGUACGACCUCCGCUAGGCUGAUUGGUGGGGCUCAGAGUUUGCUCAGCCACGUAGGACGAAACGUUUCUGCCGCAAAACUUCUCCAGGACUUUGCUAGCGACAGCUCUGCAGUGAACAGAGGCCUUACGCCCUACCAAUGUGAGGUUCUCACCAACUGCUUGGAAACUGUGCAGAUUUACUUUCACGCAGGUGGUCGUGGCCUCAAACGAUCUUUCCUUCAACGGUCUCCCGAACUUUAUAAUCUUCAACAAGCAUUGGCUCUUUAUUCACAAAACACAGACGCUCUUCUGAAGGACUACGUCACUACCGAGGUCUAUAUAAUGGUUACUAUCUCACCCGAUGAUGCUUGUGGAUACCUCAAUGCUCAGGUGGAGGCCUUCAAGCAUCCUGGGACAGGAGAACAGAAAGUUAUCGUCAAAGGCAAGGGAUCGUCUCACCAUUAA